GGGAGGAAGAAAAGAGAUCUCUUGAUGUGGUUUUCAAAUGCCAAAAGUGGUCCUUCUGCCAAAUUUGUCCUUGAGAAUAUUCACACAAUGGGAGAAAUGAAAUUGACAGGCAAUUGCCUAAAGGGAUCACGUCCAAUUCUCUCCUUCGAUGAGAACUUCUCCACAAAUCCUCACUACGCCCUCCUGCAAGAGUUGGUCGCCCAGAUAUUUGGUGUGCCCAACAACCACCCCAAAAGCAAGUCCUUCUUCGACCACGUCUACACAUUCAGCGUCCUGGACAACAGGAUAUGGUUCAGAAACUACGAGAUCCUGAGUGAAGAUGGAGGAUUGGCAGAGAUAGGCCCCAGAUUUGUUUUGAAUCCAGUGAAAAUAUUCGCCGGGAGUUUCGCAGGAGAAACCCUCUGG